GUUCACUCGUAAAACAACGAUUUGUAUCGAAAUGCUGAAUCACUUUCUCUUUUAAAAUAAAAAAUCGCUCGGUCCCUUUAAGAAAGCCGCGCGCUCGCGCAUCCGGGCAGGGGCAAAACAUUGCAAAAUAUCCAAGAACGUUGCUCUCGUCCUGUUCAAUAAUACCUUCACCAGAGCGCGUGCAGGUGUUUCUGCGUCAUCAUGGAAACUACCAGCUAUUUUCUGUGGAGCUUUAGAUAAAGAAACUUCAUCCUGUGCUUUUGGGAAUUAGCGGUCAUCGCACCGAGGACUGAGAUCUUUAUCAUUUUCAGAUGGACAUGUCCAGAUUAGUCUCCAUCAAGGAGGCAAUUUCAGCUGAGACACUGGAAGAGUCAGAAGCUGAAAAAUACCAGGACAUAUGCCACCAGUUUGGGUUUAUCCGCAGAGUAAAAGGAGAUGGGAAUUGUUUUUACAGGGCUCUCUGCUUUACACUUGUAGAAAGCUUGCUACAUGGUGAAAGCGCUAUACAAAGAUUUCGGGACAAGCUGCUAAGAAGUCAUCAAGUGCUACUAACAGCUGGCUUUGAUGAAAGGGCUUUUAAAGAUUUACUUAACACUUUUAACAGUGUACUGGAGCGACUUGAAACAGAUACCUGUGAAGAGACUCUGUUAAGCCUUUUUAAUGACCAGGCUACCUCAGACAGCAUGGUGCAGUACCUGAGGCUGCUCACUUCAGCACACCUACAGAGCAAUACUGAUUUCUUUCAGCACUUUGUGGAGGCUCCAAAUUUGAAAGUUUACUGUACUCAGGAAGUAGAAGCCAUGGCGAUGGAAUGUGAUCAUGUGGAGAUCCUGGCUUUAGCUGAGGAAUUGGACAUUAGUCUGUGUAUCAUAUCCAUGGAGGGCAGUGAUGGCCACCUUACAUACCACAUCAUUCCUGAAGGAUCUCAGCCUUCCCUGUAUCUUCUCUACAAGACAUCUCACUAUGACAUUCUAUACAAGCACAGAGAACACUGGAAAUAAUGUUUGGACCAAACAGCCUGGAACCAAUUUUUUUGGAUGAUCCACAUCUUCUGCACA